AUGCCGCAGGUGGUGAGUCCUGUGCUGUCACGGGUCUCCAUCCUGGACAAUGGCAGCCUUCGGAUAUGGAACGUAACCAAACUGGACGCCGGCCUCUACACCUGCGUUGCAAGAAACCAGUUUGGAGUGGCGAGCAGCACAGGAAGUGUUACAGUAAAAGAGCCGACCAUCAUCACCACGCAGCCCACAACGCUGGACAUCACCGUCGGGGAGAGCGUGGUCCUGCCCUGUCAGGUGAGCCACGACCCGUCUCUGGAGCUCAAGUUCACCUGGUUCUUCAACGAGCAGCUCAUCCACUUCGGGAGCAACGGCGGAUUCUUUGAAAAAGUCGGCGGCCAGCACUCGGCGGGGGACAUUAUGGUUCGGAACAUCCAGCUGGGGCAUGCAGGGAAGUACACAUGCGCCGUACAGACCAAGGUGGACAGCAUCUCCAUAGCGGUAGACCUGGUUGUCCGAGGUCCCCCAGGCCCCCCCACCAGCAUCCAAGUAGAAGAAAUCACUGAUACCACAGCCUCUCUGUCCUGGAGGCCCGGUCCCGAUAAUCACAGUCCAAUUACGGCGUACACCAUCCAGGCCAGGACACCGUUCUCCCUGGGGUGGCAGGCUGUCACCACAGUUCCUGAGGUGGUUGGGGGCCACCAGCUGACCGCUGCUGUAACAGAGCUGAGCCCUUGGGUGGAGUACGAGUUCCGAGUUCUGGCAAGCAACAGAGUUGGGACCGGCGAGCCCAGCAAGCCCUCCAAACAAGCAAGGACGAAGAGCACAACUCCGAAGGUCACACCAGCUAAUGUGAGCGGAGGAGGAGGCAGUCGCUCCGAAUUAGUCAUCACAUGGGAGCCUGUUCCAGAGGAGUUGCAGAAUGGGCCAGGGUUCGGCUAUGUGGUGGCAUUCCGACCUCACGGGGCCACGGGCUGGAUGCAGGCCGCCGUGCCGUCCCCAGAGGCAUCCCGAUAUGUCUUUAAAAAUGAGAGCAUUCAGCCUUUCUCGCCUUUCCAUGUAAAGGUCGGCGUUUACAACAACGAGGGGGAGGGUCCAUUUGGACCGGUUACCACCAUCUACUCUGCUGAGGAAGAGCCUGGCCGAGCUCCCACCAGGAUCCGCGCUAAGAGCCUCUCUGCGUCCGAGAUGGAAGUGUCGUGGAAGGCUCUGCCCUGGAAUGCCAGCAAGCGGCGAGUGCUAGGCUAUGAGCUCAGGUAUUGGAGUAGAAGCGAACGGGAGGAAACAGCCAGCGUGCAGAGGACCUCUGGGAAUCAGACAUCCACCGUCAUCAGCGGCUUGAGAGGCAGCACAGCGUAUCACAUCUCAGUGAGGGCCUACAACACGGCUGGAACGGGCCCUCCCAGCACCACCGUCAACGUGACCACCAAAAAACCACCUCCCAGCCAGCCCCCGGUUAAAGUCAUGUGGAACACAUCAAACUCCAAGAUCAUCCUGAACUGGGAGCACGUCAAAGCCCUGGAGAACGAGUCCGAAGUGACCGGUUACAAAGUGCUCUAUAAGAAGAAUCGACACAGCCGGCCCAGCGUCAUGGAAACCAACACCACCUCGGUGGAGCUCGCUCUUCCCACCGACGAGGACUAUAUCAUCCAGAUAAAGCCGUUUGGAGAGGGAGGGGACGGCAGCAGCAGCAAACAGAUCACAAUUCCCAAGAUACCAGGCCCCAACGCGGUGGGCUCGGCCUCCAAGGUCUCCACGCUGUCGGCCCUCAGCACAAUAGCUCUGUCUUUCACAGCACGAACAUCUUUAUGACAAAUGGCUCACAGCAGACGUUGCAUCUAACGUGGAGACAGCGGGAACACAAACGCAGCCCACUCCGGUGUAACUAGAUCCAUUCAUUUAGAUUUUAGCGGCAGAGGGAAGACACUGAGGGUAAAAAUGUCCAAACACGCCAUGGAGAGGACAGACAAGGAGUCCCUGUCAGCUACACAGGCCAGGUGAAAGAGAUUGACCGAUGUCGUGACUAUGUUGUUACCAAAGCAACUUUCAUAAAAGGAACAUAAAGAAAAAAAAAGUCUUAUAUGCAUCUUUUUGUAUGACAUGUUGAGCUUUUAUAGAUUUUUGUUUUCUUAAUGGGUUUGUAGAUGGCCUUGGCUUCAGGGGUGAGAACAACUGUUCUGCAUGGAAAAUGGUAUUGUCCCGUUUUACAGUCUGAAAGUAAAGAACAUGAUUCAACAGUUCCCCAUCUGUCUGUUAAGAUAAAACACAAUUUAUAACUUUGAGAUUUUAGUCUUUUCAGAAAGAAAGCACUGCUAUAGGAGUUUCCACCAAUUUGAUAUUUAAUAAACAACUCAAAAUUGAAAAUGUUAAAAAACAAAAAAGGUAAACCCUCAAAUCCCCAUAUACAUAUGAAAUACACAAAGCUCUUGAAAUUAGAUAGGGUGUACUUUUUUUUUUUCAAAGACUAUAUGUAAACAUCGUGCCCAGUUCACAUUUUGGGCCGAGGUGUCACUUUUUCAGUGUAAAGGGAGGAGAAGCAUCAGACUGUGAACGGUGAUGCUUUAUCGCCUCAUAAUCAGAAGCAAACAGCAAAACAAAGCUAACACUAUCUUAAAAUGAUGGGAAUAAACUACUUCAGUUUAGCUGCUGCAGAGUGAAAACAUAAACAAUUAUUCCUCUGUUACUAUUAUACUCAUAUGACACAAACAUUUGCCUAUGAAAUUAUACACUCACUGUAAUCAUUUCUUCUGCCCAGAACAGGUUCAAGACGCCCAGCUGAAACUUAAACAUAGAGUUCUUACAGUUCUUACAAUAAAUGUCUUACAGUGGACAGUCUGACAGUGGCCGCUGUCAGACUGUUGUUCAGUUUGGUGCCCUGUAUUAACAGAGUUAUAUCAUUGUAAUUGUAAACAUAAAUUGGAAUUAAUCAAGUUAAUUAAUUAAGUCUAAACCUGUGAGCCAAACUUGGAGGAUAACUACAUUUUAAAGCUGGCUCUGUGUUGAGUAACCAACCGUUUAAAAUAAACUGUGUACCAUUUCUGAUACAAAGAAUAGUCAAAUAUUAUGGUCAGAAAGAUGUCAGAAGCUUGUUCAUGGCAGCAGUUUUAGGGUUCUGUUGAGAUGUGAUCAUUUCUGACUGACUCAGUCAGCUUUAAAUCACAAUUGCUUUAAAUUAGAAUUGUGUAGGAUAUAAAACUUGGAUAACUGAAAUCUAUUGCUUAAGAGAUGUGACAAGAGAGAUCAAAAAUCUUUAAUCAAAAGAAAAAAAGUAGUCUCUUCAUUGUCCUUAACUAAUAAAGAUUAGUGCUGUUGUUUAAUGAUUUUUUUAACUCUGAGAUUUCCUUGUAAUAACUCGGCUGACAGAGGAGAGUCUCAUCAGUUUAGUUGGUGUUCUUCGGUGUCCCAAGUCUGCAUUCAAACUGCUAAACUAAUGUGUCCCAGACCACCUAAAAUGGUCAAAGAGAAACCAUCCUGAAAACAUUUGGAUUGCAUUUCCACCCGUCAUCAGGUACGAUCAGAUAUCUUCGGACCGCAGUAACGCCACAUCUGAAGCUUACAGUUUUCUCUUUGAUUAAACAGAGAUUGGUUUCCCAGCUAACACCUAGUGUCAUCAAAGUGGAGGCCUGUGUGAGUUAUUGGUUGGCCAUAGCCACUUAGCAGAACCCUACAUCAAAAACCCACUUCAAAGAACUAUUCCUUUUUAAGUUUUUGGUGUCAGAAGUGACAUCCAAGAUACGAAUGUUUUCAGAAUCGCUUUUAUUAUGAGCGUAACCUGUCGCGUGAAGCAGUUCCCCUAAGAUCUAUAAGUAACUUAGUCUUAAAGUCUGAUGUCUAAGCUGUUAAGAGGUGAAGAGAGAAACUAUCUGAAGUUUUUUUUUUUUUUUUUUAAUGCCAAAUCUUCAUUUGUUUAUCCUCACUGUGCUGCAGAAGAUUUGAGUAUUCAUAUACUGAGACGUCCAAAUCUUGCUUGCUGUCUUUUCUUAUAUUUGUGGACGAACAGUCCACCUGGGGUGAGAACCUUCAAUGCACUAUUUGUUCCCCUUAAUUAUUACCUAAAUUAAUCAAAAAGAAGAUUGAGCUGCCAUAAUCUGGAGCAUUGAGCAUGCAGAGGUGGGUGAAUCCUCAUCAAGGCAGACAGGUAGGGCAGAACUAGACAAGAAAUUUUAUUCCAGCAUUGCUACAAUGUUUGAGUAGCAAUUACAUAAUUGCUGCAGUGCAGUGUAUGAGUCAUUUUGAAGUUCCUUCAUUUAUGUCAAGGAUUUUUUUCAGCAUAAGACAUUAAUAUAGACGAGGCUUAAGUUAUUUAUUUAUGCAUUUAUUUAUUUAAAUCAGCAUAUUUAAUACAUUGUUAAAACUCAUAGAAGACUCAUAAUAAAGUUAUUGAGUUGUGGAAUUAUUUGUGAUUCACUGAACCACAAAUAAUGAGUUUUGGAUAGAAGGAAUGAUUAUGGUGAUUUUUGCCUCUUUGAACAUAAAGACUAUCAAGUCAAAGUCCAAGUAAAAGCUAAGUGGUAGAAUA